AGUAUUAAAAUGUUUAUUUACUCGUAAAAAAACCUUCACAAAUAUUUUUUAGCCUUGAAUCGAAAAACAACUUGGAGUCGACCGCACUGAACCCAACUCGCCGGAAAGCAGAGCCGGCGUUCAUCGUCGGCGAACAGAAUCACCAAAUCCAGAUGGCAAAGGCAAGGGAUAGGACUGAGGAUUUCAAAGACGCCGUUCGUCAAAGUGCUCGGUCUUUGGGGUAUGAUGAGGCUAAAUUGGCAUCCAUUUUGGCAUCUUUCAUUAUUCAUAAACCUCCACAAAGGUCCCCAUUCUCCAAAGCUGCAUUUAAGACGCUCGAGAGUAUUGGAGAAUUGGAUCAUUUUUUGUUAAAGCAUAGAAAGGACUAUACAGAUCUGCACCGAACAACUGAACAUGAGAGAGAUAGCAUUGAGCAUGAAGUUAGUGCUUUUAUUAAAACUUGCCAACAACAAAUUGAUGUUCUCAAGAAUAGUAUAAACAAUGAAGAGGAAAACUCAAAAGGGUGGCUUGGUAUUACAACUGCAAAGGCUAACGCUGACACCAUUGCCCACAAACAUGGAGUGGUUUUAAUUUUAAGUGAGAGACUCCAUUCAGUUACGGCGCAGUUUGAUCAGCUCAGAGCUAUACGCUUCCAGGAUGCCAUUAAUAGGGCUAUACCACGAAGAAAACUUAAUCGUAUAACCAAAAAAGAUUCCACUGAAACCUCUAAUUCAGGUGAUGCGGAGCUCAGGGAACCUGAUGAGCUGCGCAGUGAGCCUCUAAGAGUCCAGCAUCAACUCUUGGACGAUGAAACACGUGCCCUUCAGGUGGAAUUGACUAGUCUUCUAGACACAGUUCAAGAAACUGAAACUAAGAUGGUAGAAAUGUCUGCAUUAAAUCACUUGAUGGCUACACAUGUAUUACAACAAGCUCAACAAAUUGAGCAUCUAUAUGACCAGGCUGUUGAAGCUACUAAGAAUGUUGAGCUUGGUAACAAAGAACUCUCACAAGCCAUUCAGCGGAAUAGUAGCAGCAGAACAUUUCUUUUACUAUUUCUGUUUGUGCUCACUUUUUCAAUCAUCUUUCUUGAUUGGUAUAGCUAAGUUGCUUCCAUUUUCUGCUAACACUGUAUUGUAUCUUAUAGCACAGUCUCAAUUUUCCAUAUUACUGAUGAUAUAUUUGUGCUCACUACAAAAGGCAUAUUUUUCUUGACAUUUAUACUAUACAUUGGGAAAUUGAUAUAGCAAACAAUUCGACUAUUCGAGUAAUUAAUUUUAUGAAGGCAAU